GAACCUGCGAUUUCUCCAAAGCAGAGACUUCUUUGAGCUCUGAGCUCUGCUUUACUGAAGAUAUCAUUUCUGUGAAUCAUGCUUGGUAUCUCUUCUUGAUUUCACAAAAAUGGCGAGCGAUCGUACCCCAAAGUACCGGCAGGAGAUCCAGCAGAUGAUGUUCGUCUCUGGAGAGACUGCCGAGCCAUCCAUCGAAACUACCAGCUUGAUUGAGGAAAUCGUGCGCCAGCAGGUUAUCGAAAUUCUUACUCGAAGCACAGCACUAGCUACCCGACGAGGUGUUCGCUCUAUUUCAACUGAUGAUCUCAUCUUUCUGAUCCGUCAUGACAAGGCCAAAGUUUCACGUCUCAAGACAUUCCUUUCUUGGAAAGAUGUCCGCAAGAACGUCAAAGACUCAGACGACAAAGGCGGCGGCGAUGCGGCUGAUUUUGCAGGCGCGGAUGAUCCGAUUGCUGGUGGUGUUGCAGGACCCCAAGAUGUUGCAGCAAAACCAAAAAACAAGAGAGCCAAGGUCGGUCUUGCUUGGGAUGUGAAUAGCUUUUACUCGGUUCAGGUCCCUGAAAGAGACGACGAGGAGGACGAGGAAGAAGAAGAACAGAACUAUGCCACCCUCCAGCGUCUCGCAGCUGCCGAUGAGCGGACGAAGCAUAUGACCAAGGAGGAAUACGUGUUUUGGUCUGAAUGUCGCCAGGCAUCGUUCACCUACCGCAAAAGCAAGCGUUUCCGAGAGUGGGCUGGGUUUGGUAUAGUGACGGAAUCGAAGCCCAAUGACGAUAUCGUUGAUAUUCUUGGAUUCCUCACUUUUGAAAUCGUCCAGACUCUGACCGAGGAGGCUCUCAAGGUCAAGGAACGGGAGGAACGGGAAAAGAACCGCCGCGGAGGCACCGAAAAUGGAACCGGCGAACACAUGAAGAAGCGCAAGAGGGAGACUGGACUGUUUGACCCUCCCGAGGAAGGGCGCACUCCCGUGGAGCCGAAGCACAUUCGUGAGGCGUAUCGCAAACUGCAGGCGACUCCCAACAAGAACAUUGCAAUGCUCCUUCACAACGGACGCCUUCCCCCGCGCACUCCUCUGAGGCUGAUUUGAUUCGGGCGUUGGUCUGGCAUCCUGUUGACCGCUACCACUUUUUCGGUGAAAUUUUGGGUCUUCGGCGCUUGGCUUUGUUUCUUUAGAGCAAAAGGAGUUUGGAUGAUAUUCACAGAUACCCAUGGAAUGGAUGAACGUACGAUAUCGAAUUGAUUCUAUCAGCAGAGAUGAUUACCCGUUUUACUAUUCCUCUGCUUUUUAUGUGUACAAAUACAUGGUUACCAACAUUGGGCUGUUAAUAAAUGUUUUUCAUAUUCAAUAUCCCGGA